UCACUGCCAAGAUGUCUGGAGGUGUGGUCUAUAGUGAAGUUAAAUUUAAUAAAAAGCAUGCCAAAAACCACGAGCCCAGUUCUCCAAAUCAAGACGAUGUAACUUACUCUGAGGUCAAAAAUGCGAUGCCCAAAGCCACAAGCACUUGUUCACUGCAGAGCAACGAUGUCACCUACUCAACGGUCACCAUAGCAACGACUCCACGAGAAGCACCAGGGACAAGUUCGCACAGAAAUGAAGAAGUCACUUACUCGGAAGUCCAAAGAGGUCCCCAACACAAAACACCUUCACAGGGAAUUUCAAAUGUGACCAAAGGAGUAGUUAUAGGAAUACUCACUGCUGUGCUUGUGCUCACUGUCAUUGCAGUAGUGAUUGGUGUACACAUGAAAGAAAGUAAAGAAGCACUUGCCACAUCCCCAAACACGACAGAGCUCGCAACUAGUACUGCAACUACUACUGCAACUACUAAAAGUACUACUACCACCUCAAGUUCAUGCCCAAUGAAACUCCACUGUGACACUGACUGGGAGCUAAAUGGAACAAAAUUAAAAAGAAAAAUGAGAGAGGAUGAUGAUAAGUUCUGGAUUGGACUGACAGACUCUGAAACAGAAGAUGUGUGGAAGUGGACCGACGGCUCAUCACUGGACCCAAAGUUCCGGGCUUCUCUGUAUCCCUGUCCUGAAACGCCACAGGAGCAGGAGAUGCUCGCAGGAGUCAACAGCUGCAUCGAGGACCUCCAGAUGGAGGAUUUGGCAUAA